AAUUAUAAUUAAUGAUCUUUUAUGUUAUCAUGAUACUUUUUAAUUUCUCUCCUACUUCUCUUCAUUAUAAAUACCCCGAAACCCGAAUCGAAUAUUCACAAAGCAAAUCAGUAUCUCCUUCCAAUAUACAAUUGCUAAGAGUAUAUCGACAUUAGUCGAAGUAUCUAUACAUGGCUGCAGUUUCUCGAUCACCAUUGUCGCUUAAUAAGGUUGGUUGUGCAUUACUGAUGAUGAUUUGCUUCUUGGUAAUUAUAAUUACAUGUCCGGCUGAGGUAGAAUCAGCCGCAAUCACGUGCAGCGCAGUUGUGACGAGGAUCACUUCGUGCAUCGGUUAUGUCCAGAGAGGCGGUGCAGUGACACCUGCUUGUUGCGACAGUCUGAAAUUACUGAACGACGAAGCCAAAACAACGGCUGAUUUACAAGCCGCAUGCAGAUGCCUCACAGCGCUUAUACCUAGCGUUUCGCCUAACCCUAGUUUGGUUAACAGCCUUCCAGAUAAAUGCGGCAUCCCUUUUCCGUACAGAUACACCCCAUCGCUCGACUGUUCAACGUUAACACGUUGAUUAGUUGACGAGACUUGCAAGAAGAGAAUAUAUUUGUGACGUGCGUGCUUAUAAAUAAAAGAGUGAAUAAAUAUAUACAAUAAGAUGUAUAUAUGUAUUUACUAUCUCUAUCUAAUCUCGUGCUUGUAAUAAAUAAAAGUAUGUGCCUGUUGAUGUUGCUGUGCUAA